UGUUAAACACUGUAGAUAAGAGCACAUCACGCUACAGUGCAUUUACACUGUAGCCUAUAGACUUUGUUCCACUUUCUCCCGUACUCCCUGUUCCCCCACUCACGCUCUCUCUCUCUCUCUCUCUCUCUAAAGAAAUUCAUCAGUUCGCUUGAAAGCGCCUUCUCCUGUGCUCUCUCUUCCCCACCAUCCCUUCAAAACUUCUCACACGCUUCGUGAAAAAUCUAUCGGUUCUCACUCGAAGAACCUUGAUCGUCACCUCCACCACGAACAUUGACGCGGUGGGUCUGGCGGCUACAGGCAUCGGGAGUCAUCAGAUCAAGUGGGUAACUAAGCCCAUGGUCUUCAAAUGUUCGUGAACAGGAACAAAACCCGGCUAAUGACUUGGAUCUGGAUGAAGAUUAACAAGAUCGGGAAAGAAGGGUUUUUCGAUUUGGAGCAGGUUGCAGGUGGAGGGUCUUCUCUGGGAUACCAGUUUCGUCCCGUUAGUAGACUAUUGGUGGAUGUGAAGGCGGGCAAGAUUAUCAAUCAUAUAUUCAUAUCGGUCCCGAUGUUCACCCCUAUUUAG